ACAACAACAUCAUUGAUUCGGUCAGUUCAAGACAUCAUGGCUACCGUAACGUCCCCUCUUCCUCCUCUUCCUCCUCUUCCUGCAGGAUGGUCUGCAGAGAAAGACUACAAGGUGUUAUCCAGCUUGACUAGUGCUGUGCAACGCAACAUUGAGCCUGUGGGACCGCAUUUCCUGGCUCAUGCUAGAAGAAAACGCCACAAUCGUACAUUCUCUGAAGACGAACGCAUUCAAGCCCAGAAGAAUGUCAAGAAGGUCGAUGAGGACGAGGACGAUGAGAUCUCUGAGCCUGAGGAUCCUUUGAUGCUCCAGCGGGAUGCUAAGGACUGGAAGAACCAAGAUCACUACGCUGUCCUCGGUCUCAGCAAGUACCGUUACAAGGCUACCCCCGAACAGAUUAAGCGCGCCCAUCGUAAGAAGGUCUUGCGUCACCAUCCUGACAAGAAAGCCGCGGCUGGCCAGACCGACGAAAACGACAAUUUCUUCAAGUGCAUUCAAAAGGCCACUGAAAUUCUCCUUGACCCAGCGAAGCGUCGUCAAUACGAUUCCUGUGACGAGAACGCUAACGUCGAGCCACCAACCAAGAAGCAACUCGAAAAGGGCAACUACUACAAACUCUGGGACCGUGUGUUCAAGUCCGAGGCUCGUUUCUCCAACAAGCAGCCUGUCCCUACGUUCGGCAGCGAGAAUAGCACUGAAGAAGAGGUUGAGGAGUUCUAUAACUUCUGGUACAACUUUGACAGCUGGCGAUCAUUCGAGUACGAGGAUGAGGAUGUCCCCGAUGACAAUGAGAAUCGUGACCAGAAACGUCAUGUGGAGCGUAAGAAUGCCAACUCGCGCCGCAAGAAGAAGACCGAGGAUACCACACGUCUGCGCAAGCUUGUCGAUGACGCCCUUGCCGGCGAUGAACGUAUUAAGAAAUUCCGUCAAGCCAAGCGUGCCGGCAAGGAUAAGAAGCGUCUCGAAAAGGAGGCUGAAGCCAAGCGUAUAGCUGAAGAGAAGGAGAAGGCUAAGCAAGAAGAAGAGCGCAAGAAGAAGGAGGCCGAAGAAGCCGCGAAAGCUGAGCGGGAGGCCAACAAGAAGAGUAAGGAGGCAGCCAAGAACGCAGCCAAGAAGAACAAGCGUGUUCUCAGGAACAGUGUCAAGGAUGUCAACUACUUUGCUGAAGGUGGUGAUGCCUCUGCUUCUCAGGUGGACAAUGUCUUGAAUGAUGUUGAUGCUAUUAUGGCCAAGAUUACUCCUGAAGAGUUGGCUGCGUUGGCCUCUAAAUUGACUAGUGCCGGUACUGAUGCUGCUGCUGUCAAGGCUGCUUACGUCGAUGAAGUGAAGCGAUUGAUUGGCGAGGGCAAAUUGAAGGAGACUGAAAUCAAGGCAUUGAACUAGUUGACGUCGACUAUAGACUGUACAUCCGUACAAUGACUCGUAUAUGAAUGACUAGAUUUCUUUCUAUCUUCC